CCCUUGCCGCGGGCCGUAAAGCGCGGAAGGUCGCAGGCCCCUGCGGUCCCGGAACUUUCCGCUCUGCGUCCCGUUCCCCUCCCCAUGCCCCGUCCCCCUUUCCGGCCCGCGCCGACCCUCUGUAGCUGUUGUGCUGCCUUCCAUUUCCGCGGGGCGUUGCCGAACGCGCUCCCCGCACUGGCGGGCCUCCGAGCUAGGGUCUCCCACGGUAGCCCAGGCACACCUGGAAGCUGGGACGUUCCUCUUGAUUCAGCAUCCGGUAUGCUGGGAUUACAGUUUGGAUUCUUUGGAUCUUCUCAGCUGAGUGAAACCCUAUCUCCCAGUUGGUGAUGCUUUACCGGUUGCUUUCGAUUGUCCAAAGACAAAGAACUAGCCCAGGAUGGCAGACCUGGUCAUCAGCAAGAAGCAGCACAUCUGCUGCCGAGGCACAUUCUAUUGCCUUGCCUGCCCAGGCCCAGGUGGUCAUCUGUGGGGGUGGAAUCAUGGGUACAUCCGUGGCCUAUCACCUCUCCAAAAUGGGGUGGCAGAAUAUUGUCCUUUUGGAGCAGGGCAGGCUGGCUGCUGGCUCGACAAGGUUCUGUGCUGGCAUCCUAAGCACUGCUAGGCAUUCAAGUAUUGAACAAAAGAUGGCAGACUAUUCAAACAAACUCUACCAUCAGUUAGAGCAAGAAACAGGGAUUCAAACAGGGUACUUAAGGACAGGCUCAAUCUCUCUGGCCCAAACUCAAGACCGGUUGAUCUCUCUGAAGCGUAUCAACUCAAGGCUGAAUGUUGUAGGUAUCCCUUCUGAGAUCAUCUCCCCGAAGAAAGUGGCUGAACUUCACCCUCUUCUCAAUGUGCACGAUCUGGUGGGGGCCAUGCAUGUUCCUGAGGAUGCAGUGGUGUCCUCUGCUGAUGUGGCUCUUGCCCUGGCAAGUGCUGCCUCCCAGAAUGGUGUUCAGAUUUAUGAUCGGACAAGUGUUCUUCAUGUAUUGAUCAAAAAAGGUCGAGUUACUGGUGUGGAGACAGAUAAAGGACAGAUUGAAUGCCAGUAUUUUGUCAACUGUGCUGGUCAGUGGGCAUAUGAGCUGGGUCUGUCCAACGAGGAGCCGGUGAGUAUCCCGCUACAUGCCUGUGAACACUUCUACCUUCUGACUCGUCCCUGGGACACCCCUCUGCAGAGCAACACACCAACUAUUGUGGAUGCUGAUGGAAGAAUUUACAUCAGGAACUGGCAGGGUGGCAUAUUGUCUGGAGGCUUUGAGAAGAACCCAAAACCUAUUUUUACUGAGGGCAAGAACCAGUUGGAAAUUCAGAACCUGAGGGAAGAUUGGGAUCACUUUGAGCCCCUGUUGAGUUCCCUCCUGCGUAGGAUGCCAGUAUUGGAGACUCUGGAGAUUUUGAAGUUGGUGAAUUGCCCUGAGACCUUCACACCAGACAUGAAGUGCAUCAUGGGCGAGUCUCCUGUAGUACAGGGCUACUUUGUCCUGGCAGGGAUGAACUCUGCUGGCCUGUCGUUGGGUGGAGGAGCUGGAAAGCUCCUUGCUGAAUGGAUGGUCUAUGGUUAUCCCUCUGAAAAUGUCUGGGAAUUGGACUUGCAACGCUUUGGAACCCUCCAGAGCAGCCGCACUUUUCUGCGCCACCGGGUCAUGGAAGUCAUGCCUCUGAUUUACGAUCUGAAGGUUCCCCGUUGGGACUUCCAGACUGGGAGGCAGUUACGUACAUCUCCUCUUUAUGACCGGCUAGAUGCUCAAGGAGCCAGAUGGAUGGAGAAACAUGGAUUUGAGAGGCCAAAGUACUUUGUUCCACCCAAUAAGGACCUUCUUGCCUUGGAACAGAGCAAGACUUUCUACAAGCCAGACUGGUUUGAGAUUGUGGAGUCUGAAGUGAAGUGCUGUAAGGAAGCUGUGUGUGUCAUUGACAUGUCUUCUUUCACAAAGUUUGAAAUCACUUCCACUGGGGAUCAGGCAUUAGAAAGUCUGCAGUACCUUUUCUCCAAUGACUUGGAUGUGCCUGUAGGCCACAUUGUGCAUACUGGCAUGCUCAACGAAUGUGGAGGGUACGAAAAUGACUGCAGCAUUGCACGCCUGAACAAACGCAGUUUCUUCAUGAUCUCUCCAACUGACCAGCAGGUCCACUGUUGGGCCUGGCUUAACAAAUACAUGCCGAAAGACAGCAACUUGCUGCUGGAGGAUGUCACCUGGAAAUACACAGCCCUCAAUUUGAUUGGCCCUCGGGCUGUGGAUGUGCUAUCUGAGUUGUCCUAUGCCCCUAUGACUCCAGACCACUUUCCAACUCUGUUCUGCAAGGAGAUGAGUGUGGGCUAUGCAAAUGGGAUCCGUGUGAUGAGCAUGACUCACACAGGAGAGCCGGGGUUCAUGCUCUAUAUCCCCAUAGAGUAUGCUCUGCAUGUCUACAAUGAGGUGAUGAGUGUUGGACAGAAGUAUGGAAUCCGGAAUGCUGGAUAUUAUGCUCUUCGAAGUCUGCGAAUUGAGAAGUUUUUUGCCUUCUGGGGACAAGACUUAAACACCCUCACCACUCCCAUGGAAUGUGGAGGAGAGUCUCGUGUGAAGUUAGAGAAGGGCAUAGAUUUCAUCGGUCGGGAUGCCCUGCUGCAGCAGAAGCAGAAUGGGGUGUAUAAACGCCUUGCUAUGUUCAUCCUGGAUGACCAUGACACAGACCUAGACUUGUGGCCUUGGUGGGGAGAACCCAUUUACCGGAAUGGGAAGUAUGCUGGCAAAACCACCAGUAGUGCCUAUAGCUACACUCUUGAGCGCCAUGUAUGCCUGGGUUAUGUACACAAUUUUUCUGAGGACAAUGGGGAAGAACAGGUGGUGACGACAGAUUUCAUCAACCGAGGAGAAUAUGAAAUUGACAUUGCAGGACAUCGGUUUCAGGCCAAGGCCAAGCUCUACCCUGUCACCUCCUUUUUCACUCACAAGCGUAGGAAGGAUGAUGUGGAGCUGAGUGACUUUCAUGGGAAGUAAUGCCAAGACAUUGUCCCUUCCUCCCAUUCUCUCACCCUGAAGAGCAUCAUUCUGGGAGCUUUUCCCUUCAUCCCUGUCUUCUUACUGAAGGUAUCUUUGUCCCCUCUCUUUUCAGAUUGACCUACUUUAAACAUUUUCCUUGAAAGCCUUUUUUUGUCCUCCCAUUUCCUUUCAUUUGCUGUUACCCCUCCUCACAGUCCAGGCUCUUCUCAUCCCUCCAGCAGGCCACAGUCCCACAGUGGAAGGCAGGAGCCACUUGUGGAGUUAAGGUGAUAAACUGAUUUUUAAAUUCAUCUUAAGGCAAGUUGGCAUUAUUUCUUAGGGCAGAAUCCAACUCCCCUGGGCUGGGGUUCUUAGAGUAAUCUGCUAAUUUUAGUAGAUUACUGUGUGUCUGCUGUGGCCCUGGGAACAGCUUCUAUUUUAAAAGGCAGAUGAUUCUAUUCCACUGUGCUGUAGGGUGCCACCAGGUACCUCUUAACCAUCUACCUCACUGAUGAGAGGGAUUGCAUGGACACUGCCUGCUCUGUGGAAGGGACAAGUAGUUAAUCUGGUCCCCAGCCCUCCAACUUUUUCUUUGAUGUUUGGGCUAGGGCCACCUGUCUGCAAUAUUAUUUCUGCUAUUUUGUAUGAGAUUGUUUGUUUUUUAGCUGAGUAAACAAGUGUGCCAGUAUUUGAAAGGAAAAACAAACAAAACAAAACCCA